AUGGCUUGUUCCUCCAGUUGUUUCUUCGUCGUUAGUAUGGCAAUUCUGUCACAAUUUCUCUUAGCCCCAGCAUCAGGAUUGGUCAACAGAAAAUACAUCGAUGCCAACUGCCAACGAGUGAAGAACAAACCUUUCUGCGUCGAGACAUUGACCACCUUUCCUCCUACCGCUGCUGCCACCGGCCUGUUGCCACUUGCGGAGUCUGUGGUGGGGCUUGCAAUAGCACAUGCUGAGAAGACCGCGGGUUUCGCAGCUGAGACGGCGAAGAAAGAUGCGAAUUUGAAGACGCAAUUCAACGAAUGCCAUGACGCAUAUGUUGGUAUUGUGGCGUCUUUAAAGAGCGCGUCAUUGGAGCUCAAAGACUCACCAGACACUGCCAACUACGAUGUAAUGCUUUCUGGUGAUGAAAUAAGGCGCGUCCAGGAGUUGGUCGGGAAAAACACCGACAAGUCCUCCUCCACACUCUUGGAGAUGACUUUGCAGAUGGAGAAGCUUCUUGAUCUCGCUGCUGGAGCCACCGAUGCUGUUGAUGACGAUGAUGAGAACACUCAUCGUCGUGCUUGA